AUGGCUGGUGCCUUGUCCCGGCCCCCCGACAAUGCGCAGGACUUCGGCUCGCCCUGCCCCCCCCCCCCUCCAAGCUCUGACGCGUCCUAUGUACCGGACCGCCGCCAUGGGCGUCUUCCCCCCGCCGCCGUCGAGUCCGUCGCCGGGUUGAGCGCCGGCAUCGUCUCCACGCUCGUCGUGCAUCCUCUCGACAUCGUCAAGACCAGAAUGCAAAUACACAGGAGCGCCGGAUCAGCCUCGCCGCCCCCCACCACCGUCGCCAUCCUCCGCUCCCUCGCCUCCAACAACCGGCCCGUCCUAUUGUCCCUGUACCGCGGGCUCGCGCCCAACCUCGUCGGGAACGCCACCUCGUGGGCAUCCUUCUUCUUCUUCAAAUCCCGCUUCGAGCGCCUAGUCGCCCGCCGCCGCGGCCGUGAGCGUCCCUCCCCCUCCGACUACUUCGUCGCGAGCGCAGCGGCAGGCGCGUCCACCUCGGCGCUGACCAACCCCGUAUGGGUGCUCAAGACGCGCAUGCUCUCCUCCGACAGAGGCUCCGCGGGUGCCUACCCUUCCAUGCUGGCUGGCGCUCGUGCCAUUCUCCGGACCGAAGGCCCAAGGGGCUUGUACCGCGGCCUCGCCGUGUCCCUGCUGGGCGUCUCUCACGGCGCGGUGCAGUUUGCCGUCUACGAGCCCUGCAAGAGGGUCUAUCUCAACGGCAGGAAGAGGGCAAGGGAGGGCGAGGGCGAGGGCGCGGGCGCGGCGGGUGACGCCGCCGUCAAAAUGACAAACGAAGCCACCGUGGUGAUUUCAAGCGCUGCCAAGCUGGUUGCCGGCGCAGUCACGUAUCCGUACCAGGUGCUCCGCAGCAGGAUGCAGAAUUACCAUGCCGACGAGAGGUUCGGCAGGGGCGUCGCGGGAGUCGUGGCGAGGAUAUGGAGGGAGGAAGGCGUCGUGGGCUUCUACCGCGGCUUGGUGCCGGGCGUGGUGAGGGUCAUGCCGGCUACGUGGGUGACGUUUCUGGUGUACGAAAAUGUCAAAUAUUCCUUGCUGCGGUGA